AACAACCCUCAACCACAACAAAACACUGAUGAGACGACCUGUCACUUGCCUUUAUAAACCCAAAAAGAAGAAGAUGGUGAUGAAGAAGAUGCUGAUGAGACAACUUUAGCAAGCAUCUCACAUCAUAAAAACACAUAAAAAUUUAUUCACGGUUUCGACUAAAGCGAGAGAGAAACACUAGAUGACCUCAGCAAGCAAGUAGCACUGAGAACUAAAUUACCAAUGAACCAACACAGCAAGAGUGACAAUACACUACAACUUUUGUAGUCAGAAGAAGAUUAAGAGAUUUCGUUCGGAUUUUUAACCCCGGAGGGUUAGCCACCCAGGAUAACCCAAGAAAGUCAGUGCGUCAUCGAGGACUGUCUAACUUAUUUCCAUUGGGGUCCUUAAUCUUGUCCCCCAGGAUGCGACCCACACCAGUCGACUAACACCCAGGUACCUAUUUGCUGCUAGGUGAACAGGACGAUAGGUGUAAGGAAACGUGUCGAAAUGUUUCCACCUGCCGGGAAUCGAACCCGGCCCUCCGUGUGUGAAGCGGGAGCUUUAGCCACCAGGCCACUGGGCCUCUGUAUAGCCCUUGUGGCUUAGCGCUUCUUUUUAAUUAUAAUAAUAAUAAUCUGAGAUCCGUUUCAGGCCCUUCCCAGGAGUAUGCUAACUCCUAGUUAUUUAUUCACUGCUAGGUAAUGGGGCAGGUGCUAGGAGAGUUGCCCAUACGUCUCGUCUCUUCCUGGAUUUGACUUGGGGUCCUCUCAGAUGUUAGCCGAGGACACUAUCAUUGAGCUACAAAGUACCACAAGUCUUGAAGCACCUGUGAACUCAAACAUUACAGUGUUGCAUGCCACUGUAUAGCCUCACACACCAUUGUAUAGCCUCACACCAUUGUAUAGCCUCACACACCAUUGUAUAGCCUCACACGCCAUUGUAUAGCCUCACACCAUUGUAUAGCUCACACACCAUUGUAUAGCCUCACACACCAUUGUAUAGCCUCACACGCCAUUGUAUAGCCUCACACACCAUUGUAUAGCAUCACAAACCAUUGUAUAGCCUCACACACCAUUGUAUAGCCUCACACACCAUUGUAUAGCCUCACACACCAUUGUAUAGCCUCACACGCCAUUGUAUAGCCUCACACACCAUUGUAUAGCCUCACAGCAUUGUAUAGCCUAACAUGCCAUUGUAUAGCCUCACACACCAUUGUAAAGCCUCACACACCAUUGUAUAGCCUCACACGCCAUUGUAUAGCCUCACACGUCAUUGUAUAGCCUCACACGUCAUUGUAUAGCCUCACGCACCAUUGUAUAGCCUCACACACCAUUGUAUAGCCUCACACACCAUUGUAUAGCCUCACACGCCAUUGUAUAGCCUCACACACCAUUGUAUAGCCUCACAGCAUUGUAUAGCCUAACAUGCCAUUGUAUAGCCUCACACACCAUUGUAAAGCCUCACACACCAUUGUAUAGCCUCACACGCCAUUGUAUAGCCUCACACGUCAUUGUAUAGCCUCACGCACCAUUGUAUAGCCUCACACACCAUUGUAUAGCCUCACACAGCUUUGUAUAGCCUCACACACCAUUGUAUAGCCUCACACACCAUUGUAUAGCCUCACACACCAUUGUAUAGCCUCACACACCAUUGUAUAGCCUCACAUGCCAUUGUAUAGCCUCACACACCAUUGUAUAGCCUCACACACCAUUGUAUAGCAUCACACACCAUUGUAUAGCAUCACACACCAUUGUAUAGCCUAACACACACACACACCAUCGUGCAGUUACUAGGAUUAUUAUUGCCAUGAGGAAGCGCCAAACCCAUAGGAUUAUACAGCACCUGUGGGAGAAGAUGGAAGGUAUUCAGGCUUAAUUCAGGGAACUGAGUGCAGAUCCAAUUCCCUAGAUCAAGAGCCCCUCACCAGCAUCAAGGAACCUCCCUUAAGGGGCAGUCACUAGGAAGAAAAGAGUGAUGUUUCACUCUUAUCUUACACUACAUUUCAUGCAGUCAUCUGGAGAGAAAGAAACUUCUAAAUAGACCUCAUAUAUAAAAAUAUAUAACUUAAUUCACUCUCCUCUCAAUUUUUUUUAUACUGACACAUCACCUACCAUUCUGAUUUCAUUAUGUCACCUAAUAGAAAAAGAAGUGUUGGAAAAAGUGUCCAGAAGAGAAUUACACGACGACAGAUUUCAUUUGCAACAAAAAUUGCCAUUCUUGACAAAUUGAAAGCUGGUGUGAGGCCUUGUAUUAUUGAACAAGAGUUUGGUGUAAAAUACAACUCAAUAUUGAGCAUAAAGUUUAAUGAAACAAAAAUAAGAGCCAAAGGUAGUACAAAAGGUAAUCCGGUUAACCAGGAAACUUACUGUAUGUCUUCGAGUGAUCGUCAUCUUCGAGUCUAUGAACACGUUAAUACUUCUGUACAUAGAAACCGUUACAAGGAAUAUUUGGAAGCUAGAAAAUCUGGAUUUGACAAAAUUGCUGAAUUAGAGUUAAUGGAGGCAAGAAAAGAUUGUGAAGACAGAAUUAAAGAAUUAGAGAAUUUGCUGGCCAAGAGAGCUUUAAAAGGCAAAAAAUCUGCUGUGCUGCUUCAAGAGUAUAGCAACAAAAAUGAAAUUAUGGAUUUUCAAAGAAGAGGUGCUGUUAUAAAAUCUACAUCUAAAGUUGAUGGGCAAGGGUCUGAGUCUCAUCCUGACAAAACUAUCAGGCAAGAGUUUUCUUUAGGUGUGGGAGAAAAACAGGAACUGAUUAAUAAUGGACUGGGCAGCAACAGGAAAUCUUUGGAAGAAAAUUCAAUGCCUUCUACUUCAGCCUGGCCCAGGUUUUUCUGUUGUUUUCCUCUUCUAUCAGGCUUCAAAGAUUCUGUGACGGGCGUCUACAUACAGUACCAAUUUCUUUUCGUUUAUCUACCCUCAUAG